GUGUGACGUGGCCUGCACGUGGAGCUGCAGGCUGUCGUUGUGAAGCUGGCGCUGUUUGCAGUGGGGGAUGCUGACCGCACACUUGCAGGCACGGCGACCGGAGGGUGAGGCAGCUGUACACAGUCUGGAAUAUUUGCACGCACUCGCUCGCUGUGGAUCCAAUCUGCACCUGUGGGGAAGAUGUAUUCGUUUUUCACAAAGGAAAAAAAAGCCAGGCUGGUAACCAACGCCCUUUGAUCUCUGGCUGCUCCUCCCCCGGCAGUCGUGAGGGCAACAAGACCACAAGCCAGGUGUGGUUUGAGCAAGGCAGUGGAAGUGAACAUACUGAAGGUACUACCACAAGAGGGAAGGAUGCGACUACCAUUUCUUCUGUUCACCUGGAUGUCACACAGGACCUUUGCAUGGGGGACAGAGAAAGAUGUCCAGACAUACGAGGGAGAAAUGCCUGCACUGCCUUCAUCGGCAGAAAAGCUGCUGAUCACAGACUUGCUGUCUCGGUACCAACUGGAGGGAACUCACGGGAGACCUGUGACCGACCUCGCCGACAACCUCACUGUGUACUUCGGCAUGUCUUUGAUCCAGAUACUGGAUGUGGACGAGUCGAACCAAGUCCUUAAGUGCAGCGUCUGGUAUCAUUAUGCGUGGAAAGAUAUUCUACUUCAGUGGGACCCGCUAGAGCAUGAUGGAGUAGAGAGCAUCCGUGUUCCUUCGGAUAAAAUCUGGCUGCCAGACAUACAGCUGUAUAAUUUUGCAGACGACCGACUGCACGAGCAGAGGGAGGCGUUGGUGAUCGUGAACCACGAGGGUCAAAUCCUGUGGAUGCCUCAAGCGAUCCUGCGCAGCUCCUGUGCCUUCAACACCAAGUACUUCCCGUUCGACCUCCAAACGUGUCAUGUCAAGUUCGGCUCGUGGACCUACAACGGCAACAAGCUCAACAUCGACUUCGUCAGCAACCAGUCCUUCGACCUCAGCGACUUCGUCUUCAGCAACGAGUGGGACAUCGUGGAGAACUACGCCCGACGAACCGUCAAGUACUACACCUGCUGCAAGGAUGCUCCCUUCCCUGACCUGACCUUCACCUUGACCAUCAAGCGCAAGGUCGCCUUCUACACUUUCAUUCUUCUCAUCCCGUGCGCUCUGCUGAGUCUGCUGACAUUAGUGAUCUUCUGGGUGCCUCCGGAGUCACCUGCCAAAUUACAGCUAGGAAUGAGUGUCUUCGUCGCUUUUUUCUUUCUCUUGAUGGUCCUCGCGGACUUUACACCUCGAACAGCAGCCUCCAUUCCACUCAUUGGUGCCUACUUCUGCCUGAGCAUGAUAAUGAUCACCAUGUCCACUGUCCUCGCGUGUGUCGCUGCCAACAUGUUCUUCCGCGGCAUCAGAAUCAACAAAGCGCCGCCUUGGCUAAGAACGCUCAUGAUCGACUGGUUGUCGCGAGUGUUUUGCGUACAUGAAAAAGUGCAAAUCCCACGCUACGAGCAAACAGGUGGCGCCACCAUCAGCUGGACCACCUCCAACGAGCAGAACGGCAAACUACCCGAGCCAGAAGUCAAGUUUGUCAAACUUCGACUCCUGGACCACGAAACCGACUCGAGAAUGUUCGCCAAACAAGAAUCCUUCGAGUCGUGCAGCUGGGACUCUUUCUCGGAGAAGAGCAGCUUCCUGUUCAAGAACAAUGCGCUUCUGGAGGAAGUGCGAGGGAUAAGGGAGGUAAUUCAACGCCACGAGGCCAAGAAGCUUGCUGCUGGCGAAAAAGAGAAAGUCGUGUUGGAGUGGCGCAUUAUUUCCUGUGUGACUGAUCGCCUGUGUUUUGCUGUGUAUAUUGUGAUUAAUAUCGUUGGACUGCUGGUCAUUCUGUUCUGCAUGUAGUCAGCUGAAGACGAGAGUUAAAUGCACAUUUUGAUGGAAGAUUCACUUCGCUGAUCACAGAAAUGCCACAAUUGCCUGUUCAGAAGUCAGCCCUAUCGCUGCUUGAUUCUAAUGUCACGAGCAUAAAAAAAAAUCCUCCACGUCCUGAAGUCGAAAGGAAAAGAACUUAAAGAAGGAGAAAAAAGAAUCUUUAUUUACACAGACAUGUUUAUUGUCGCUCAAAAAUAAGUAUUGGAUACUUUCUCAGAUGCAAUAGUUUUUUUUAAACAUUCAUAAAAGAUUAUGCAAAAUUGUUUAGAUGUAACCAGUUGUGUAACGAAUCCCUACUUAGUAGAAAUUCAGUCAACGAGUAUAAUAAAUAUUUGUUUUUUUUUUGUAAGAAAGUGAUUUUAUAUGUAAGUGAAUGACCCAACAUUUAUGUCUUUAUAUUUAUUGUGUCUCCGAUGCAAUAUUCACUUGCACUAUGGCAGGUGUGUUGCACACAGCAUGUUUCCCAUAAAAUACCCUUUUUCACUUGUA